AUGCAAAAUGCCUUGCUUUAUCGAGCCCGAAAUUCCGGUAUCUUGGAACUGAUGGAUGCGGUUUAUAUUACCGAUGAAGACGGAGCCGAGAUAGCGAUUUAUCUACACAAUCCAACAGCAAUAAUAACAUUCAUAAUGACAUUUCUUCACGAAACCCGGAGAGCAGGUCUCAGUUUCGUUCAAGCGCAAGGUAUGACACCAAAUGCAACGAACUUUCUGAGUAGAAUUUUCACGGUUGCUGGAGAGUCGUUGGAAAUGAUAUCGAUGACAACAUCAUUCAGAGAAGCGUAUUCCAGUUAUGAAUGCGGAACGGCGAGUCAGCGCCGCAUUUGCAUGCAGAUUUGCCUUGGUACUGUCCAGCUGAAGAGUGAUGCAUUCGCUCGGAAUGCGUAUCUGCGUUCAUUCUUUUUCCCAUCUCUCUACAGCAUGAUUGAUAUGAAUCAUUCUGCGUCGAAUUUUUAUCAGGUUAAAUUUGCCAAUCCAAUCAGCGGAUCAUUCAUAACACUGAACGGCGAAGCUUCUUUCCGUAUUUUGAUCCCACUAAAGAACUUCGUUCUCUAUCAAUACUAUGCGUGCUUUGUACAAACUCAUGGAAUGUGGAGUGGAACAAACUGUGAGUCAUCGGAUGUAAAAUGGAUUUUAAACAGCACUUACGCCGUUGAAUGCACUUGCACAAGAUCUGGAUACAUCAGCGUUUUCGUCGUCAGUCCGCCUACACCUCCUCCAUAUCCGCCAUACAAUGAUGUUCUGUUGACAUUCAAAUUGGUCAGUUUUACCGCCAUACCAUUCCAUCUGCAUUUAUCAGAAGUGGAGAUUGGAACACUUCUGUCCUUAAAGUUUGCUAAAAUCGGAAUCAAAUGCUGGUCAGUUGUUAUUUUACUGCAGGCAGUGCAAGCGAUCAAGCGAGCGAUAAACGUCAGUGAGCGCGGCUCACCGGUCUUUACAUCAUUCUAUCCUGUCUUCGUGAAUGCAACCACCAUUCGCAGAGCUCUGGACGGUGAUGGAUACGCCCGUCGAAUGCGACUGCUAAUAAAUCGUUCGUACAAGAGUGCGAUUGGGAAUGACUCUGUUAGCUUAAUGACAAGAUGGUUACAAUCAAUCGCAACAUCAACGCGUAUCAGUAUUUAUCGCUUCAAAAAUCCCCAACUCCUUGUCGGUAUGGCAUUCAAUUUCACGAUCACAGUACCAUUCGAUGGUGAAAUAAACCCGUUGAGUGCUGAGGAAAUUGCGCAAAUUAUAAUAGAAGAAACACAGUACGGUGAGUUGGACUUAGAAGAUCGUCAAGGUAACGCACUACCUGUUAUGCCCGCUACAAUUGCCGACGUCACUAAACUAAUCCCGAUAGAAGAAUCGAAUGCGCUCGUCAUUGCGAUAGCAGUUGUUGUCAGCACAUUUUUUCUCGCCUCGUCGACGAUCAUUUCGUUUUUGGUGAUUCUGAAAAUCCGAACUGAGCGACUUCUGGAGUUAAAGGAACGAAUAAUGGAACAAGCACGGAAUAUCAUAAUGAUGUCGGAAUAUAACUCAAGAAAUGGUGUUCGUUUCAACGACGAUUUCGACCACUCAAUUUCUCGUCACGGUUAA